AUGGCCUUCUACUCCGCGUGUGCUGCGCUGGUCCUCUCGCUUGCUGGGAGCGCGGUCGCAGACUGUCAGAGCUACGGAGUCGACUACGAGGAUGGCGGUACCUACUUCCAGAACAGCAACACGAACGAGACGUUCACGGCCUUGCAGAUGUUCAACGGAUGCAGCAACGACACAUCACACAACAUCCUCGUUGACCCGAAGGGAGACCAGAGCGAAUGCACGCAAACAUCCAUGCUACCAAACAAUGCUUCACAACUCAUCACAUGCUCGGAUUGGUCGAACAAGAACCUAUACAGUGGGGCGUGGUCGAUCUUAGUGAUCUCCAACAACAACAACGAAUCUGCCAUCGCUUUCCAGCGUGACUUUGAAUUGGAUGUUGGAGCACCCAACGCAACAGUCACCGCCAAUCCGGAAACCACGAACACUGUCUACGCGACCGCCACCUCUUACGUCUCGGUCACGUCCUACGUCCCGACUACUUCGUAUAUUGACAACAACGCAGAGAUCACCUCGACUGUCACGUCUGGGUCUUACGCCACUGGGACCACGAUCACGACUGGCAUGGCCUCGGAAUUUGAGGAGAGCGGCCUUAGCGCCUUCGCAACAAUCACCCGACUGUCAUCGCAAACCUACAUACCUGACCCAAUUGCAAGAAUAUUCCCUUCGAUCCUUGGUGACCUUGACGACGUUGCCGCCAGUGUCAUCCGCAAGGCUCGGAAUGGAGGCGUUCAGGCCCGAGCCACACCUAUGCCUAUGUCUGCCAAGUUCAAGAGGGCCGUUGCCGAGGGCCGCGAGGUGACUGAUCAGCUCAAGGCCGCUUUCGUCGAGGAGCGGGCUGCUCUUCUCCAGAACGCACGCAACAUCGCUAAGCGUCACCCAGAUAACUUCACCACCACUGUAAUCCAAGAGAUCACCUCGUACGUUUCGACUGCGGUCCUGACCACUACUUUGUAUUCCACCACGACUGAGGUCGGUCUUGUUGGACGCGAUGUUCAGACUGCCUCUACUUCCACCGCCACUCUACCAUCCACGUAAGUCCCACUCUAGCCUAAGCUCGAUGAAUAUGCUGACCCCUGUAUAGGGUUUGGGACACCUUUACCGAAACACCAGCUUGCGCCAACGGCGCCUUUGCGCAACGGUUCUAA